AUGUCUCUUCAACAUUUCCAUAGUGCUCCAUUCGCUCUUGCAUCAUUUUCAUUAAUACAAUUUGGAAGCGUAAUUGCUGAUAAUCUUGGUGGUUUAGAUAGCGAUGGAUCUGGAUCUGACAAUAAUAACAACGAUUCAUCGCCAAAGGAUAAGACAACGGCUACAGAGAAUACCAAAGCUGAUCAUGAUACAGCCAAAAAUACCGAUAAAGCUACAAAUACAGCUACGGACACAAAGGAUACAACCGUUACGACGGAUGCUACACAACAAACGACUCCAAAAACUGAGACAAACACUGCCACUACCGCUACUAACACUGGUAAAGUCACCUACAACCAAUGGGGAUUCACAGGAUCACAAUCAGUUUGGGGCGAGGAAACAAAAACGGUCACUUCAGGCUCCUCGGAAUCUAGUUCUGCAUCUCAUUCUACUCAUUCUGUCAAAGGGAACAAAACAUCAAAUGCGAAUAGAAUUAGUGAUAACAUAGUUGGCUAUGAGGGUUCUAAAUGGAAAAAAACAAUUCUAAUAGCUAGCGUAUUAGGAAUAAGUGCAUGCGUUGGUGCUUUAUAG